AAGAAAGAAUGGCGCAUGAACAGGGCGGUAAUAGCUGCGAUGAUAAACAACAGCCUCUCUCAGACUGUUCAUGAGAGGCUUGUUGCCCGCGGCUGGGACCCUCGGGAGCAGAACCCCAAGGUCACGUACGAGCUAAUCAAGGAAGUCAUACCGCGCCUUUCCCAGGAAGCCGUCAUGGACUUUGUUGUGGAGUUCGUGAAGAUCGAACGACCUGCCUUUGCAACAAUGCAAGCCUUCUUGACGAGACUGCGCUUCCUCUACAAGAAGAUCACGGACUCGAAGGCGGGAGUCACCGAAGAAUUCCACGUCAACCUUCUAGUCGCCAAGCUCAAGAAGACAUACCCCGAUCGCCACCUCUUCUGGCUCAACGGCUUGAAAGAGAAGACUCUGACCUGGCAGAAGUUAAACCAAGAGCUGGAAGAAAUCGCUGCGACCGAAGAAACUUAA